UCUACUGCACCUCCAAUUACACGAUUUUCUAACCCAGGAUGGAUUACGGAAGAAGAAAUUCUGAUAAUACUAAGGAUCAUCUGCCCCACAGGGUAGUCGUUGCCGAGAUUCAUCGAGCUCCCCCAACUCUUCCAAGAAACGACAUAAACAAUAUGCCUCAUAGGUACGGCAAUAGAGAAGGACAACGCCCAAACCAGUAUCCUCUCUUCGAAAGUAGAGAACUGUCUCAGCGAAGGAUCAACGCGAAUAGAACGGGACCUGUUCCUUUGUACGAGUAUCCUGUCACCACGCCAGACAAGUCUUCUCUCGACUACAGCCGAGCAAAGGUAGAGCCGAGAGCAGUCCCUCCGCAUGAGCGAGCGAUGAGGCUCGAACUGGAGACUAGACUCAACGAUGUGGGGCUCAUGAGGGGCAAUACUGGUCCUGAUAAAAAGAUUGUCGGCGCAAUAUAUCAUCCUGUUGGGGAUGGUGCUGGAUUUGCUCGUGCGGAGCUCCAGCCACUUGACCGUCAGGGAAGAGAACAUAAUCGAAUGCUUCAUGAGCGAGCGCAGCAUGUCCCUCGGUCAUCAGCUUGCCAACUAAAGCAACUAGAUAAGAAGUUAUAUACAGGCUAG